AUGACGGCAGUCGCGCCCCCUGUGCAAUUCCAGCCGCCUGUCCGCUCCGGUGCAUCAUGGAAUAGCGGCGCUCCCACCAUGAGCCAGGACGACAUGACCAGGAUGUUCAUGCCCGGCCCCCGUAAGACGGCCCAGCGCUCAAACUCGCAAUCCUCCCUCACCUCGGCCUCUUCGUCCUCCUCGUCGACCAUCUCCCAAUCCUCUACGCAAUCACAGCCCUCGCCCUCCAACCAAGACCCCACCACAUGGACCACCCGCAAGAAGAGCACAAGAGGCAUCUGGCCGUCAGGGAAGGCAGAGCCCACCGCCGGCCUCUCCACAACCCGUCCGCAACCCGUUUCGUCGACAUCAUCUGGCCCUUCUGCCGCAUCCGCCAUCUCGGCCCUGCAUGGCCCAAUGCUUCCUUCACAACAAAUGUCCACCGCCCAGAAUGGCUCUCUCAGAGGUGCCCCGCAGCCCCCUCCCGACACGCCCGCCAUCCUCCAUCUCUCGCCCAUGAACGGCACGUUUGAACGCAAAACCAUCAGCGUCCCUUUCUAUCCUGACGUCCUGCGCAUCGGACGCCAGACGAACGCCAAAACUGCCCCGACGCCGGCCAAUGGCUUCUUCGACUCGAAAGUCCUCUCCCGCCAGCAUGCCGAAAUCUACGCUGAGCGUAACGGACGAAUCUUCAUACGGGACGUCAAGUCGUCCAACGGCACCUUCGUCAACGGCCAGAGACUAUCGCCCGAAAACAAGGAAUCAGACCCGCACGAAUUGCGUGAGCAAGAUGUCCUUGAACUCGGAAUCGAUAUCGUCAGUGAGGAUCAAAAGACUAUUGUCCAUCACAAGGUUGCUGCUCGUGUCGAACAUGCUGGCAUCUACACUCAGGGCACCGAGCUCAACUUUGGAGAGCUGGACCCCUCCCAUCAAAUGAAGCGCAGCAACAGCCAGUCCUCGCAGCAGAGUGCAAAGGCAAACGCCAUGGCUGCUGUCAUGGCUGCCAGAGACUCUGGCGCUAUGCAACAACCACAAUGGACCCGUGCUUGGCCAUCGACCGUGACAACAGAGACCAUUGUCAAGCGUCUGAACCGCGAACUGAGCCUUGCUAAGAAGCAGUCCUCGGAUCUAGCCCGAAGCAGAUCUUGUCUGGAAGGUCUGUUGGCUGCCGAUUUAAAGGGCAAGCAAGACAAGUCGCCCAGACCUUCCCCUGGAAAGCAGCAAAAGUCGGACUCCAAAUCAUCCAUCAUGUUUGAACCUCCUGCUCCACCACCACAAGCUCCGCUUCCCGAGAAGCCAGACGUUGCAAAAGCCCUUGCUGAUCCUGUCAUUCAACCUCUUCUCAUGCGUUCAGAGACUGCUCGUCCAAUCUUGGCUCCAAAUGGAUCUCCUACUCGAGCCGAUCAUUCGCAAGCUCUCCUGAUUCUUACACAGGAACUGAAACUUGCCAAGGAUCAGAUCCCAAGUCUUGAGGACCGCGUUAAAAUCUUAGAAGACCAACUCAAGCAGGAGCGCAAUGCACGCGAAAGCGCCGAAGAAAGAGCUUCUCUGCUAGAGUCAUCUCGCGAUACUUCUUCUGACGAUCAAAACGAAGCAUCAAUCAGCCAGUCCGGCAACUCGGCUGUACACGAGGAGCUACCGAAGGAUGAGACUCCUGAUCUUCAGUUGCAGCUUGACAAACUUCGUGCUGCCAUGGAAGAUAUGAAGAUGCAGAUGGAAGCCUACCGCCGUCGCGCAGAGACAGCCGAAUCCGAACGCGACGAUGCACACCAAUCCCUCGCACAGAUGGUUGAGCAGAAGCGCAAAGAAAAUGCCGAGUUGCAGCAUCAACGGGAGACCCGUUCUAUCACGUCAACUUUGUCUUCUAGCACUUCAGGCACUUCGACAUCUACAAAUGGCCACGUUACCGAACCCUUUGCCGAAGACAGUCUGUACAGUCUUCUGUCUGAAGCUGGGAUCAAUGCAAAUGCAGCGCUAUCGUCGGAGCAAGCAGCAUCAAUCUCGCGACUGCUCGCCCGUAAGAUGCCUGUCGCACAUCAUGAAGCUCACAGCGAAUCUUCUGACAAGCUGAAGGAGCAGCUCGCUCAUCAUGGCUUGCCGCUCGGGUCAGGCUUCAUUGUGGUUGUUGUUGGCAUGGCUCUCAUGCACUAUUUGGAUGGUUGGGAGAAACUGCACAGGUGA